AUGAAUCUUAGCAGCAAUAAAAUCGGCGCCGAAGGAAUCGAAGAAUUCGCUAAUUUUCUUCGAAAUAAUACCUCACCUGUUAAACUUAAUCUUGAUGAUAAUGAACUCGGUAUUGACGGUACGAAGUAUUUGGCUAGUUCGAUUCAAGAUAACAAUAUGUUCACUACACUCGUUCUUUCCGGCAAUAUGAUUGGAGAUGAAGGUGUCGGAUACUUAGCUAAUGCUCUACGAAACAAUAUGACGGUUAUCGAACUUAAUCUUGAGGGUAAUGAAAUCGGAGAUCAAGGUAUACAAGAUCUGACUGAUGCUUUUAGAAAUAAUACAACACUUGCAACUUUAAUUCUCGAUGGUAAUAAAAUCAAACAGCAAGGUGCUCAAUAUUUAGCUGCUGCUUUUGGAAAUAAUAAGGUGAAUAUAUUUUCUCUCUAUUUUAUUUUACUUUUCUACACCUUGAAUUUCUAAUACACACACUCACUUUUCUUGAUGUCGCUGGUAAUUAUAUCGGUGAUCAAGGUGCACAAGAUCUUGCUGCUGCUUUUCGAAAUAACACGGUAAAGAUUGCUCUCAUUUUUUUUCUCUCUCAUAGACACUCACCACACUUGAUCUACGACGUAAUGAAAUCGAAAAGACAACUAAGCGUUAUGUAAUGCAAACUUUGCGAAAAAAUACUGGAUUGAAAUUAUUUUUGAAGGAUGACACGUAAAAAUUGUUAUUAAUCUUUACUAAAUCUAUUUUUAUUGGACAUUCUAUUUUCAAUU